UUUGAUCUCGCAGUAUACAUUGCGCUGUCAAUGGGUCAUUGGCGAGGUUAUUUUCCAGUCUAGUUUAUUUUAAAUACUAAAACAUUACAUUUUUUUUUAAUGAGAAACAGUACAAUUGUGAUACGUGUCUGUGAAGAUAAUUUAAAAUAAUUGUGUAUAACCUUGUGUAAGUGAUAUCAAAUAAGGAAACUUGUUUGGACCGUGAACACCUGUUUACUUGUUGUAUUUUAUAAUGGCGUUAUCACUUACAAAAUUUCCGAGAGUUUCAUCUCUUUUAUUUAAUGUAAACAAUUUGAGAGCUUUAAGUACAUCACUGUCUAAUAAUUCUAAAGUGAGUUUUAAAUGGGAUGACCCUCUAAAUUUAGAAGGGCAAUUAGAAGAAGAUGAAAAAGCUGUAAGUGAUACUUUUAAAGAUUAUUGUAAUAAAAAAUUACUGCCUAGAGUUAUCGAGGCUAACAGAAAGGAGUUGUUCGACCGGGAAAUAUACAAGGAAAUGGGUGAACUUGGUGCCCUUGGGUGUACUAUUAAGGGUUACGGAUGUGCUGGUGUAUCGUAUGUUACGUACGGCUUGAUAACGAGAGCGUUGGAUGGUGUAGAUUCAGCAUACAGAUCAGCCAUGAGUGUACAAAGCAGUUUAGCCAUGGGAGCAAUUUAUAUGUAUGGAACAGAGGAACAGAAAGAAAAGUUUUUGCCGAGGAUGGCUACUGGAGAAUUGGUAGGUUGCUUUGGUCUAACUGAACCCGAUUUCGGAAGUGAUGCUGGAGGUCUCGUAACAAGAGCCAAAUAUGAUUCAAAAUCAAAAUGCUAUAUACUAAGUGGUGCUAAGACUUGGAUCACAAAUUCACCAAUAGCUGAUGUAUUAAUAGUUUGGGCGAAAGAUGAUGAAAACAAAGUAAGAGGUUUUAUUGUGGAGCGGUCACAAGUCAAAAAAGGACUCGAUACGCCCCGGAUCGACGGUAAAUUUUCUUUGCGAGCGUCUGCGACUGGCAUGAUAUUGCUCGACGAAGUGGCUAUACCGGAAGAGAAUUUAUUGCCUAACGUAGUCGGCUUAAAGGGACCUUUCGGAUGUCUCAAUAACGCUCGGUAUGGAAUCGCUUGGGGCGCGCUCGGCGCGGCUGAAACAUGUUUGCGGAUCGCCCGCCAGUACACAUUAGAUAGAAAGCAAUUCGGAAGGCCGCUGGCGUCCAACCAGCUGGUACAAAAGAAGAUGGCUGACAUGAUUACAGAGAUAAGUAUCGGUUACCAAGCGUGCUUGCGAGUCGGACGUUUGAAAGAUAAGGAUUUGGCGGCCCCAGAAAUGAUUUCGUUAAUUAAAAGGAACAAUUGUGGUAAGGCUUUAGAAAUUGCUAGAGUUGCUAGAGAUAUGCUCGGAGGAAACGGUGUGUCAGAUGAAUAUCAUAUCAUACGACAUGUGAUGAAUUUGGAAGCUGUAAAUACUUACGAAGGGACGCAUGACAUUCAUGCUCUAAUUUUGGGUAGAGCCAUAACUGGAAUUCCAGCAUUUGCUUAAUACAUUUACGAUGACCUUGCUUUAUAAAUAUUGA